AUGAAAUAUAUUUUUAUCUUAUUAUUUCAGUUUUUUAUUCUUCAUUUAAAAACAAAAUUGUGUAAUAACUAUUAUGAAAUUUUCAUUAGUGAUAUACUAAUAAAUAAUGUUAAUUUUCUAUUCGAUAAAGAAAAUUAUUUCUAUGAAUUAAAGUUAAAUGAAUAUACAUCUGAGAUAAUCAUUAGCCCUUUAUUAAAUAUAUGGAAGUACCAUAUAUAUAUAAAAAAUUCAUUAGAAAAUGACAUAUUUUUUAAUGAAAAUACUUUGGAAUAUUUACAUAAUAGUGAAAAUAUUAAAAGAGAAGAACUUUAUCUAAAAAAAUAUUUUAUUUAUAUAGAUAAAAAGAAAGUAAGCUUUUAUGAUUUACCUCAAAGUGUUCCAUUAAAAGAAAAUGAAGAAAAAACAAUAACAAUUUUUUAUGAGAAAUCUAAGAAAUAUAAAUUUAAAAUAAAAAACAAUAAAAAAACUUCUUAUUUCUAUUUAAAUAAUAUUAAUUUAAUUGAUUUUUCUUCAAAUACACAUUUGCUAUUAAACGAAGAAUUCAGAUAUAAUAUCUAUUUUUACAAUUCAUACGUUGAAGAAAAUGUUAAAAAGAUCAAAGUUAAAGGGAAAUGUCAUAAUAGCCAGAUGUACGCAAAUGGUAAUUUAGUUUUUGAUAAUUUCAUUUUUUAUCUAAAUGAAAACACGCACAACAACGUCUUAAUCAUUGAAUGUAGAAAAAAUGAGUAUUUUAACAAUUUCACAUACAAAAAAAAAAAUAAUAUUUUUCAAAAUUUUUUUAAAAAGAAACAUAAUUCAAAAAUUAUAUAUAAUCAAUAUAGUUAUGAUAUAAUGGAUAAAAAAAAGAAAAUAUUAAAAAAUUUUUUAGAUAAAAUGAAAGAUAAUUAUCAAAAAAUAUUUGAAAAAAAAAAGAUGCAUAAAAAUGAAGAAAUAAAUAAAAUAAAUGCAAAGGAUAUACUACAAAAUAAAACAUUACAUCAUAAUAAGGUAAAUAGUAAUGUUGAAAAAAAUAAUCCUAAAAUUAAAAAAGUACUAAGGAAAUUUUAUUUUUUUAAUAUUUUUUAUGAUAUACCUAUAAGAAUUCCUAAUUAUUUGUAUAAUCUCAUAGAUGGUAAUGUAUGUUUUUUAAAAUAUAAUAAGAACGCAGAGACUGUAAACGAAUACAUUUGCGAUACUAUUCACAAAAAGGCAACUUUUUAUUCUGAAUUAAAUAAUAAAUUAUUUGCUUUUGUAAAAGUAUCUGAUAAAAAUAAAAUAUACAGAUUUAUUGAUAAAGUAUUAAAUAACACUAUCAAUUUUUCAUCAAAUAUAUAUUUAUUUUUAGAAACUUACUAUGACAAAAAAAUUCUAAAAAUUAAAUUAAAAAGAGAUAAUACAUUAUUUUUAUAUCCCAUUAUUUUCUUCCUUAUAUUUUUAUUUAUAAUUAAUAUUUUAAUUUUAUUUUAUAAAUUUUGUAUAAAUAAGAGAAUUCAAUAA